AUGAUCAACCUCUCAGCGGUGACCACACCUGCCACGAAAACAAACACCCGAAGUCCACCGCUGAGCCUCGAAAGUGAUGAAGAAGUCGAGGAACUCGGCGGCUCGGAGCCCGACGAGAGUCUCAUCCAGCCGAAACCGAAAUUUUCAGCGAUCUUCACGCCUACAGUCAUCAGUGUUCUCCUCGGCUCCCUCUUGGUGUUUUUCCAAAUGUCGUCCUUGGUGACUCUGAUUCUACUCUUCGUCUACACUCGAUCUGAGGAUGGUGGACUUUUAAUUUGCGACAGAUGGGUAGGUCAAAAGCUGUAA